CUUCGCCGCGGCGUCGCCGAAUCCUUUCAGAAAAAUCAAAAUCUCUCAAAUUACACGGAACCCCUCGCAGUUCUUCGGAACCCCCAAACCAAUCCCCCCACUCCGAUCCCCUCCCCUCUUCUUCCCCCAAAUCUCGCGCGCCGCGAAACCCUAGCACCCACCGCGAUCCGCUCGCCGGAGGGAGGAGGGGCCACCCGCAGGCGCCGAUGGAGGUGAAGCUGUGGAACGACAAGCGCGAGCGGGAGCUCCUGGAGAGCUACGCGGACCUGUACGCGAUCAUCAAGGCCACGGAGAAGCUGGAGCGGGCCUACGUCCGCGACCUCGUCUCCGCCGCCGACUACGAGGCGGAGUGCCUCAAGCUCAUCUCCCAGUUCAACUCCCUCUCCUCCUCGCUCGCCGGCGCCGUCACCGUCCCGCGCUUCGUCCAGGCGUACCGCCUCGACUGCCCCGCCGCGCUCAACCGCCUCCUGCAGUCCGGCGUCCCGGCCACCGUCGAGCUCCGCGCCGCGUCCAACUCCUCUGCGCCGACCGCCACCGCCGCCUCAGCCGCCGCCAUCGCGCACUGCGUGCAGACCUUCAUCACCGCCAUGGACGCCGUCAAGCUCAACAUGCUCGCCAACGACCAGGUCCGCCCGCUGCUGCAGGACGUCGCCACCUCCAUGGCCAGGCUCGGACCCCUGCUGCCGCCCGACUUCGAGGGGAAGGUCAAGGUCAACGAGUGGCUCGGCAAGCUGCAUAAGAUGGGCGCCGCGGAUGAGCUCACCGAGCAGCAGGCCAGGCAGCUCAACUUCGACCUCGACUCGGCGUACAGUGCCUUUUUGGCUGCGCUGCCUGCCAGCAUGUGACUGGGCAAGGAUAUGCCUGCUUCAUUCCUGUUUGGUUGGUUCCUUCUAUUUUGUUAUGCUUUUGACUGCGUGGAUCACUACUGUAGUUCCGUAGAUACAUGUACUUGUGGUCAUGCUAAUAUGCUAUAUUGCUGUUAAUCGACAUUGUGCGAGUGGCUUCCAUUUCAUUUUUAUACAGUAAAUAUGUUUACGGCUUGCCAUGCGUUUAUGCUACAAUAUGUGCAUAUGGCCUAUUCAAUUGAAUAUGUCUAUUCUGUGUAGAACAUAUGAAGCAAUAACUGUAAAUUAUAUUAUCUCCAAUCAUGUCAUUAUCUUUCCACUUUCAUGAAGCCACAAAUGAUCUAUUUGAAAUUGUGGAUAGAUGCAAUCGGUUCUGCUGCAUCUCUUUGGUCUAACAGCAAUGGAACUAAAAUUUUGUCUCCUGUUAUUAUAUAUCAUCACCUUUCUGUGCAAUCUGCUGAUUCUUGAUGAGAGGGGGGGUUAGUGAGUUUUUACAGACAUGACUGGUUUAGUGUUUAGUUGUUCAACAGUGGGCACAGUUAUGUUCAGUGCAUGCACUCAUCUUUACUAUUGCCCCGUACUGAUCUUGAUGGGAGUACAUUUUUUAGUGCCUAGGAGGAGGAUGUUAAUUUAUCGUAUUUUGGGAAUGCAUUCAAUGUAACUACUCAGAAUAGUUCCUGUAAAUUUUUGAAUUUCUUGUAUGUAUAUGUUAAGCUCUGUGCUUAUUAAAAUGGUUUUGUUGAUCUAGAGUGAUACUUGCAUUCUGAUUUCAUCACUGUGCUUUGUUCCACUUUCUGUUCUUCUGGACUUCCGUUGACUACCAUUCGUGAUUAGCACAUUUGGUGAUUGAUAUGAGGCUUCCUUUGGUGUUGUGGUAGCUCAUUUUAAUAGUUUUGGAUUUAAAAACAUUGCUUGGUUUCAGGCACAUUAGAAUCAUAAGGGAAAAUCUUGUGAUGUGUUUCACUUCGGAUCAGUAAUGAACUGCUGUAGAUGUGCAUUUUUCAUCAUGCUAUUUUGUUUGCCAAUGAUAAAGUUGCUGAUUUUAUACUGGAUUAACCUCUUGUCAUUGAGUUCUGGCAUACCAUUAUAUGCAUUGUCAUAUAGAAUUUGUGCCCAUGGACAAUAUGCUCACAUAUGCGUGUUAUGCUCACAUAUGCGUGUUCAUUUGGAUAUAUUUUCUGGCAUGUGGAUUUUAUGCAGCAGUAAGCAGACCUUUUUUUCUCGAAAGGGCAGGAGAGCUGCGCACCAAUAUAUUUAGAAGAAAGAUGGGGUAAGAACCCCAAGUGGUACAGUUUAGGGCCUGUACCAAACUCAAACAAAGGAUCCCUCAGCAGUAAGCGGAACUUAUUAGCUAUUUUGUUGUUUCCCGUAGGUCUCAUGAUCUUUCUACUCAUAAGAAUGGCCUAGUUGGAAUUGUGGAUACAUGUAAUUGGUCUUAUCGAUUCCUUGUUUGUUCUCAAAAUAUCUGAAUAAAUGAACAGUAAUUAAAAUAAAGAACAUGCAUAUAUCCUUGAUUCUAGUCCAAGCUGAGAUAUUGAAUUAUUCUUUGAAAUUCUCACAAACUUGCUUUGGUCAGAAAAAUUAUACCUUGGGUUGUAACUUGUACCUUGCAGUUUGCAACAUGAAUAUGAUAGCUUCUUAAGCUCUGUGGCAGUUCACCUAUAUGAUCGUUGGAUGUGAUAGAACCAAUUGGAAUUGUUCAUGUUCAAUAUAAACUUUGAGACCUGUCAUAUGGAAAUAUGAGGUAGACACUCGGCUCGUCAGUUUACUCUUUUUUUUUUGUGCGAAAGAGCUUAUCAGAUUACUUUGAACUAUGAGACUAAAAUAUGUCUUUAGAUGUCACUACUGUGCUCUGGUGUGCCUUUUGGGUACAUUGGAAAGUUGAGAGCAAAACAAUUGGUGCUUUGGCAUAAUUAUUGAUGUUUUGCUCUUUCGACGCGAUCAUUGGUGUUAGUAUGAUGUGCUAACAUCAGCUCUACCACGGUCAGGGACAAUUCCAGACUAAUGCAUUAUUCUGAUGAAGCACUGAAACUUCCUGUUAAAGCAAAUUGGAUUGGUCUCGUCGACUCGUGCGGAGCCCACAACUCUACUAAGCGAACCACCAUUUGGUUUCUGCCGAGUUUAACUUGGUCUAAAACAAUAGUUGCGAUCAUCAAUCACUGAGCUUAUCAACGAUGGUCAAGUCUUCAGCCCCCAUGGCUCAGCCAAGCUGCCCAGCAUACAGCACAGCCACUCAUUUUCCUGCUCCCAAAACGAAACAAGAGUUGGUGAAGGGAUUCGAGAUAUUUUGGUGCUCCACCAACCGUUGUGGGGAGCCGCCGUAGCUGACUGGCUGCCUGUUGAGUCGUCCUGCGUUUCAUUCCUCUUGCAGUACAGCGCUUGCUGCAGAGGCCAGUUCCACUGCUCCGGCAGCCUCGCAUCAUCCCUCUCCGUCGCUGGCUCCGGAUCUCUGCUUCCGGCACGCUUCAGUUUUUCCAUCCGUCAGGUUUCUGCUCCGACAAGAUCUGUGCCUUCGCCGGUAGUUCCCCCCUGUUCCCGUAGCAUAAGCAUCGUUACUGCUCGUCUUUUCCCUCACUGCUCCUUUCAUUCUCCAAAAAACACAGGGGGGAAAAAACGUGAAGCUGUAUUUCUCCUGCUUCUCAUGAUCUCAUCGUUUACCUUUUAAUCUAUUGCUUGCCUCUACUCUUCCAUUUUGUCAUAUAUUUUGUUCCCCACGUCAUCCCCCUAAAAAAGAAAAGUGAGAAAAAAAGUCUUGAGUUUUUGCUUGUUUGCCCUCGUUUCCCUGUUUAGUUCCUUCCAAAUAUCCCAAUACCUUCUGGUACUAUCAAUUCGUUUUAUUCUCUUCCUUCUCAUCUGCAAACACUUCCAUCCAAGAUCUCUUCACCUGGAAAGGUUUUCCCCAAUUCAUUUUGUUCUCUUCCUUUUCAUCUGUAAACGCUUUCGCCCAAGAUCUCUCACCUGCCAAAGCCGUGGAGACACAGACUAGUGCAGUUCCAUGGCGGACGUGGCACUGGCCGGUUUACGGUGGGCGGCUUCGCCUAUUAUCAACAAGCUCCUCGCUGACGCUUCGACCUACUUGGGCGUGGACAUGGCACGGGAGCUCCAAGAACUGGAGACCACCGUCCUGCCACACUUCGACCUGGUGAUCGAGGCCGCCGAGAAGAGCCCCCACAAGGAUAAGCUGAAGGCAUGGCUCCAGCGGCUCAAAGACGCCUUCUACGACGCCGAGGACCUGCUGGACGAGCACGAGUACAACCUCCUCAAACGCAAGGCGAAGAGCGGGGAUGAUUCCUCGGUGGGAGAUGAUGAUGAUGCCUCCUCCAUUAAAUCAACUAUUCUGAAGCCUUUUCGUGCCACAGCAAGCAGGGCACGUAAUCUGCUCCCUGAAAACAAGAGGCUAAUUCGCAAGCUGAAUGAGCUGAAGGACAUCCUGCUGAAAGCCAAGGGCUUCCGUGAGCUUCUUGGCUUACCAGCAGGUAACAAUUGUGCAGCUGGCCCUGUAGUAGCAACAACAAUUGUUCCUCCGACCACAUCACUGCAGCCUCCCAAAGUGUUUGGCCGCGACAUGGAUCGUGAUCGUAUAAUUGAUCUUCUUACCAAGAGAACUGCAGCAGGGGCUAGCUCAACAAACUACUCAUGUGUGGCUAUCGUUAAACAUGGAGGUGCUGGAAAAUCCACCUUGGCACAGUAUGUCUACAAUGAUGGCAGGGUAAAGGAUCACUUUGAUGUCAGGAUGUGGGUUUGCAUCUCACGAAAGCUUGAUGUUCAUCGUCACACACGGGAGUUGAUCGAGUCUGCAACUAAUGGGGAAUGCCCACGUGUCGAUAACAUCGAUACUCUCCAGUGCAAACUUAGAGACACACUGCAAAAGUCAGAGAGAUUCCUGCUCGUCUUGGAUGAUGUCUGGUUUGAAGGAUCCAACAAUGAGAGGGAAUGGGACCUGCUGUUAGAACCUCUGGUUUCUCAGGGGGAGGGAAGCAAAGUUUUGAUAACUUCUCGACGGGAUACAUUUCCAGCUGCUCUUCGCUGCGAAGAAGUGGUUCGAUUGGAAGACCUGGAAAAUGCUGAGUUCUUGGCACUCUUCAAACACCAUGCUUUCUCUGGAGCAGAAAUUGGAGAUCAACAGUUGAAAAUGCAGCUAGAAGAGAUUGGAAAAGAGAUAGUGAAACGUCUUGGACACUCACCUUUAGCAGCAAAAGUUAUAGGCUCGCGCUUGAGCAGAAAAAAAGAUGUCACUUCAUGGAGAGACGUAUUGGGAGUUAAAAACUUAGGUGAACCCAUGAGAGCUCUUUUGUGGAGUUACGAGAAAUUAAAUCCCCGUCUGCAAAGGUGCUUUUCAUAUUGCAGCUUAUUCCCAAAAGGCCACAGGUACUAUAUUUAUGAGGUGGUACAUUUAUUGGUUGCAGAGGGACUAGUUGAAAAAUCAUGCGACCCUAAUAGGAGCAUUGAAGAUGUUGGACGUGAUUACAUCAAUCAGCUGAUGUCUGGAUCCUUCUUUCAACCAGUUUAUGAAGGGAAGGAGAUAGAUACUUAUGCCUAUACUAUGCAUGAUCUCCUUCAUGAUUUGGCAGAGUCACUCUCUAGAGAAGAUUGUUUCAGACUGGACGAUGACAAGGCAGAAAUACCACUCACAGUUCGGCAUCUGUCUGUGCGUGUUAUGAGUAUGAUACAACAUAAGCAAAGUAUAUGCAAGCUGCGUCAUCUACGUACAAUAAUUUGCCUCGACCCACUGGUUGAUGAUGUGAGUGAUCUUUUUCAUGUGUUACUGCUGAAUUUGAAUAAGUUGCGUGUACUGCAUCUGCGUUUUUACAAUAGAAGCAAGUUGCCCGAAUCUGUUUCCGAGUUGAAGCACCUUAGGUAUUUGAACCUCUCAGGAACCUCAAUUUCCGAAUUGCCUGAAUCAUUGUGCACUCUAUUCCACUUACAGUUUAUUUCUUCACGCAUCAAAGGAAAAGAUUUGCCUGGCCAGUUCUGCAAUUUAAGAAAGCUGCGACGUCUAGAUAUUUAUGGAGAAGGGGGAACACCGUCAAUACCAAACAUUGGCAGGUUAACAUCAGUCCAAGGGCUUGAUACGUUUUGUGUGAAAAAGCAAAAGGGAUAUGAGCUGCAUCAGCUAAGGAACAUGAACGAGCUUCGUGGCAGUUUACUUGUUACAAAUCUCGAAGCUGUCACGGGAAAGGAGGAAGCCUUGGGGGCAGCGCUUCAUCAGAAAAAACACCUGGGAAGAUUGAAGCUUGUCUGGACUGAAGAGAAUGGCUCCCGAGAAAAGGACACUACACAUUUGGAGAUCCUGGAAUGCUUGAUGCCACCACCUGAGCUGAAAACACUCAAAAUUGAAGGUUACAAAUCCUCCUCAUAUCCGAGCUGGUUAUUUGACGGUUCUUAUUUUGAGAGUUUGGAAUCUUUUGAGCUUAAUAAUUGCGCUGUGUUAGAAGGCCUACCAGUGAAUAGCGGGCUUCUUAGGCAUUGCCGCAAUCUGAAGCUUUCUAAAGCUCCAAAUCUGAAGAUCUUACCUUGUCUCCCAGAAAGCCUUCAAACAUUAGAAAUUAGACAGUGCCCACUGCUUAUGUUUAUCAGCAAUGAAGAGUUGCAAGAGCAUGGUCAGAGGGAAAACACGAUGAGGAGAGACCACUUGGCAUCACAACUCGCAUUGCUUUGGGAGGUGGAUUCAGGAUCUACCAUUAGGAGAGUGCUGUCAGAUGAGCAUUCAUCUAUGAAGCAGCAGUUGAUGGCGUUGAUGGAUGAUGAUGUAUCAGAACAUCUCCAAACCAUAAAAAACGCUGUCGAAGAGGGAAGAGAUAAAGUAUUGACGAAAGAAAAUAUCAUCAAUGCAUGGCUAUGUUGCCAUGAGCAGAGGAUAGGACUCAUCUAUGGACAGCGUAUCGGGCUGCCGCUGGUUCUACCGUCAGGACUUUCUGAACUUGAUCUUUCUUCAUGCAGUAUUACAGAUGGAGCUUUGGCCAGUUGCCUUGGUGGACUCACUUCACUGCGCAGUUUGUCACUGAAAAAGAUUAUGAAUUUAACUGCAUUCCCGUCAGAUGAGGUCUUUCAACAUUUGACAGCGCUUAAAUCUGUGUCUAUUAAGGAUUGCUGGUGCCUCAGAUCAUUAGGUGGCUUACGAGUUGCUGUCUCUGUCUCAUCUCUUGGGCUCUGUUCAUGCCCUUCUUUAGAGCUGGCACAAGGAGCAGAAUAUAUGCCUUUGUCCCUUAGUUAUCUCUACAUAGGCAGCUGCAUUCUUGCUGCUGAUUCAUUGGGUGUUAGCUUGCCACACCUGAAAGAUCUUUACAUUUCUAACUGCAGGAGCUUUGCUUCCUUAUCAAUUGGUCAUUUAACGUCCCUUGAAUCGCUAUCAAUUCUUGGUAUCCAGGACCUGUGUUUCCUGGAAGGCUUGUCUUCCCUGCAAUUUCUCGAGGUUUAUUUGAGAGAUGUUCCGAAGCUCACUGCUGAGUGCAUCUCAGAGUUUCGUGUCCAAAGGGCUCUCAGUAUUGGCAGCUCUGUAUUGCUCAGCCAUAUGCUCUCGUCCGAAAAUUUUACAGUCCCGGCGGAUCUCACUCUACAAUGCUGGAAGGAGCAAUCCUUUUUUUUCGAAGAAUCUGCGAAGUUCACGUCUGUCGAGGAGCUAUCAUUGAUUGAAUGCGAGAUGAAGUCCCUGCCAAGAAAUCUGAAUUGCCUCUCGAGUUUGAAGAGACUCUACAUCAGCUGCUGCCCCAACAUAACAUCUUUACCAGAUCUGCCAUGCUCCCUCCAGCACAUAAGCAUACGCGAUUGUGAGCUCUUGACGGAGAGCUGCCGAGCACCUGACGGAGAAAGCUGGCCAAAGAUUGCCCAUAUCCGCUGGAAGCAAGUCCGUUGAAAGUGCUUCAGAUUCGCGGCCAGAGAUAAGUAGAGCUGCUCUGAGAUCACUCCCCUGAAGCGACGUCGUCUCCACCCAAUGUUAUCAGGUGGAGACGUGGAUUGUCCUAAGCUUACGCACCAGGUCAACUCUGUAUCCUCGGUUGCCACAUUGUGCUUCCAACCUGCACGGCCUCCAUUGUCUCCUCUACUCUAGCACUCCUGCCCGUUGGUUUCUCAAACUGUUUGCUUCUAUUAUUUGUCAUCUAAAUUUGGAUGUUGCUCCAUUGGUUUGUCGUUCAGUUCUGUUGGUACCUGUACUGGUUGUAAGUUGUAACUGCUACUUGUUAAGUUCAUACCGUGUAUGACUAGGAAAUAGUCAGGGUACUUGAUUUCGUAGUUGACAGAA